AUGGCCAUUGAGUUUUUUCUAGCUUGUGUUGUGUGGAUUUCAAAUGAUGAGGUGAUUUCAGCUGGUGAUGACCAUGAAAUGAAACUGUGGCGCCUUAGUAAGAAGCAGCACUCGACCUUGCUCACUCUUCCCGAAAGCCUCUUUCCUGUAGCCAUAGCAGCAUGUCCACCCAAGUUGGUUGCAGCAGGCCUGAAUAAAAGUGCCGCUAUCAAUACCUUUGCAGUUUCAUCUACUGAUGGGUACUUUCACCUAGUCAACAAGAGCGGUCGAGUUGAGAAAAGUGUUGAGGCACAUCGAGGUGCCGUCUUAGGUCUCAGGUGGAGUUAUAAUGGCGACUCUUUUGCAACCUGUGGUGAAGAUGGACAGGUAAAGGUCUGGUCUCGCAGCGGCAUGCUGCGUUUGACACUAGUUCAGAAGAAUCUAUCUGUUUAUGCCUUGGCGUGGGGGCCCAAGUCAGAGCAGAUUGUUCAUACAUCUGGGAAACAAUUGACGAUCAGAACUAUUCGAUCGAACGCAACAUCACUUACGUGGACGGCACAUGAUGGACUUAUCUUGAAGGUUGACUGGAAUCCAAUCAAUGAUUUGCUCAUAUCUGGUGGCGAGGAUUGCAAAUAUAAGGUGUGGGAUAGUUUUGGUCGCCUUCUUUUUUCAAGCCAAGUGCACAAUUAUCCUAUCUGCUCAUUGGCGUGGAAGCCCACUGGCGAUCAGUUUGCCGUUGGUAGCUACAACUUUCUUCAGCUGUGUGACAAACUUGGUUGGUCACAGAAUGUCCAGAAGCCGAAGACGGGAAGCCUUCUUGACUUGGCCUGGUCUCCAAACGGAGCAAACUUAGCCGCUGCAAGUGGCAAUGGUAGCGUGAUUUUCGCGCACCCUGUUGGCUGUCGUUUAGAGUGGGCCGGAUUCGAGGUGGUGCUCACCGACAUCAGCUCAAUCACGGUCACAAAAGUCUGCGACGACUCUGUUGAAAGUCUGCAGUUCUGUCAGCCGGUGCUCCACUUCUCCUUGGCAUAUGGGCACCUUACCGCGCUAACUAUAAAUCAGUGCUACAUUUACAGUGUUUUUAUGCUGGUCGACUGGGGCACCUUGCUCAUCUAUAACUACAGUGGACGACUCAUCUCCUCCGUGAAGAAUGCUUCCGUGCGGACUGACUUCGUCUAUCCUGGAUGCAUUGCCCUCAGCAGCGACACAAUUGCCACAAAGGAUUCGGAGGACGAAAAAGCAAUACACCUGUUCGAAGCGAAUUCCGGGAAGCCAGUUGGUGAUGGGAAACCUAUAAUCCAUGCAGCUGAUGUCAUGACACUGGGAUUGAAUCAGAAGGAAUCUGUAGCAGAACGGCGCCUUGCUAUUCUUGACAGAAACAAGGAUCUCUUUAUUUACCAAGUACGUGUUUACGGUCGCAGCAGACCAAUGAUUAAAUUGGGAAGCGUGGUCUCAGCAUUCAUGUGGUCUGGGACUCAAAACUUCCUCGCCGCGAUCAAGAAUGAAAAACUCACUAUUUGGUACUACCCAACAGUCUCCUUCGUGGACAAAGAGCUCCUCGACCUCACUGUGGAGGAAAAGAAUGUGGUGGAAGGUGGUGGAAAAUACUGCACAUUGAAUGGCUUUAACGAUAACCAUGUGACCAUUCGCCGACCAGAGGGCACCAUAGUGGCUUCUUCCAUCUCACCCUACCCGGCUCUGCUUUACGCUCUCACGUCCAAAAACAAGUGGACUCAAGGUACACAGCUUUGCCGUAACGCAAAGGACCCCUUGUUGUGGGCCUGUCUUGCUGGCUUGGCUAUGGCGACGCGGAGAUUGGACCUUGUUGAGGAUGCUUAUGCGGCACUCAAUAAGGCGGAUAAAGUCGAGCAUAUAAAAAGCAUACGGGAAAUGGCUUCGAAAGAGGCUCAAAGUGCACAGACACUUCUUCUUGCGGGACAACCAAAGGAAGCUGAACGAACACUUUUACAAGCAGGCCUUCAAUUCAGUGCGGUGAUGCUCAAUCUUGCGCAAUUUAAAUGGGAAAGGGCCCUGGAGCUAGCUAACAAAAAUGAGUUAUCAAUAGCUAUUGUGCUGUCAGCACGACACCAUUAUCUCUCCAAAAUAGGGCGACCAGAAAACAUCCAGUCCUUCCUGAACAGCCAACAUCAGAAGAUAAUGGAUGAAGAAACAUUGAAAAGAACUGUCGAGGAGGGAUAUCAAAGAGAGGCCACUCGCAAAACAUGA